UUUCAUCACUCCCUUUCAAAACGGCGUCGUCCCCAGAUGCCCUGCAAAAACAUAACUUCAGUUUAGCCCCCUUCGACUUCAACAGAAUAGUUCAGCGGCUCAGCCCCCUUCCUCGUACGCCUUCUCUCCACUUCUAGGGUUUCCUAGCACUACUCCCUUGCCGCCGGCGAGGACCCUAACAAGGUUUCCAUUGCUUUCUGGUGUGCCAAUCAAUCUAAAUUACCAACCGGGUUUGGAACUCUUUCAUUCGGAGUAGGAAUAUCUAUAUCUUACGUUCUUUCGCUGUGCAAUCCAAGAGAUGGGGAAAGCAAAGAAAGGUCCCAAAUUUGCAGUCAUGAAAAAGCUUAUAACCCAGAAAGCCAUUAAAAAUUAUAAACAACAGGUUCUGGACCCAAAAAAGAAAGAUGGCAGCGAGAAAAAGCUCCCAAGAAACGUGCCAAAGGUGUCGUCGGCGCUUUUCUUCAAUUACAACACCUCGUUAGGACCGCCGUAUCGGGUUCUGAUAGAUACCAACUUCAUCAACUUCUCUAUCCAGAAUAAAUUGGACCUGGAGAAGGGAAUGAUGGACUGCUUAUAUGCAAAAUGUACUCCUUGCAUCACGGAUUGUGUGAUGGCAGAACUGGAGAAGCUUGGUCAAAAAUAUCGAGUUGCUUUGAGGAUUGCUAAGGAUCCUCGUUUUCAAAGACUAAUUUGUACUCACAAAGGGACCUAUGCUGAUGACUGUAUUGUUGAGAGAGUUACUGAGCAUAAAUGCUACAUUGUUGCUACUUGUGAUCGAGAUUUGAAGCGAAGGAUCCGAAAGAUUCCUGGUGUACCAAUCAUGUACAUAACAAAGCACAGGUACUCGAUAGAGCGGUUGCCUGAAGCAACAAUUGGUGGAGCUCCAAGAUAUUGAUGAUUGAAAUAUAUGGAUCCGUGGGAAGACUUGGGUUCUGUUCUGCUUAAAUAGGUGAUUGCAGAUUUUGAUGUAUGUAAUUUUGGAUUCUCUCGCGAUGUUAUAAGUCCAGGCCAGUUCUUUUUUUCUUUAUUUUUCCGGGUAUUGUAGGAGAAGAAUUGACCUUUUUAAUGCAUAUUCAGUCAUGCCAACUUGACCCUUUUCA